UAAGAGAACAAAUCACACAGUACAAUCGAAACGACCGAAGUCGGAAAACUCUAAUUAAUUCCCAUUCUCUCUCUCUUUCUCUUUGUGUCCGAAAUUCCGAAAUUCCGAAAUUUUGAAACCCUAACUGGUAACCAUCAUGGGGAACACGGAGAAGCUGUUGAACCAGAUCAUGGAAUUGAAAUUCACGUCGAAGUCGCUGCAGCGGCAAUCGAGGAAAUGCGAGAAGGAAGAGAAAUCGGAGAAGCUGAAGGUGAAGAAAGCCAUCGAGAAAGGGAACAUGGACGGCGCCCGAAUCUACGCGGAGAACGCGAUCCGGAAGCGGACGGAGCAGAUGAACUACCUCCGGCUGGCCUCACGACUUGACGCGGUGGUGGCUCGGCUUGACACGCAGGCGAAGAUGACCACAAUCAACAAGUCCAUGGGGAACAUCGUCAAAUCCCUAGAAUCUUCCCUUGCAACCGGAAACCUCCAGAAGAUGUCGGAGACCAUGGAUCAGUUCGAGAAGCAGUUCGUGAACAUGGAGGUCCAGGCUGAGUUCAUGGAAAGCGCCAUGGCCGGAUCCACCUCGCUUUCUACUCCCGAAGGUGAGGUUAACAGCUUGAUGCAGCAGGUCGCCGACGAUUAUGGCCUCGAGGUCUCGGUUGGUCUCCCUCAGCCUGCUGCACAUGCCGUCCCUGUGAAGGAAACCGAGAAGGUCGACGAGGAUGACUUGUCCAGGCGCCUUGCCGACCUCAAGGCCAGAGGUUAAUUCAUAUUCAUUAAGAUGAUCUCGUCAUUAUACAAUUACUAUGUUAUAAUCACAGUUGUUGAGGAGUGGUUUGUGUAUAUUGAACUGAAUUUGGUUGGCUCUAUGAGAUACUUUAUGUAGACUUUGCUUGUUUUGUUCAUAUUUGUUUGGUUGUUUGUUUGUUUCUUAUUAGCCUUCACUGCCUGGGAUCUCGUGAAUGCUGCUAAGUAGAAUAGAAUAUAAUAGAAUGUUUA